UGUCGGGGUGGGAUGUUACUACGGGCGGCGAGGGGAGCGUGGGGCCGGGUGGGGAGGGGGCGGGAGGACCAGCAGCACAGAGCCCCCCAUCCCAGCACCUUCUGCAGCCAUCAGAACAGUUCAGAUAGCCCAAGAGAUGAACGUCAGACCAGAACCCCACAGGGGGAGGGAGAAACCAGGCAGGGGGCUGAGCCCCCCUAUCCGCACCCCACUGAGCUCCCCCCACCGCCCACCACCUGCUGCAUGAGCGGCUGCCACAACUGCGUCUGGAUCGAGUACGUGGAGCAGCUGCUGCAGCACUAUGGGGACGGUGGGGAGCGGGCACUGCAGGCCGUGGAGCAGCAUGUGCAGGAUGAGAACAUCAAAGCGAUCCUGAAGCUGGAGAUCAGGCUGCGCAUGAGGACAGAAUGAGCCCAAAAAGUGGUGAGGAACUUUCCUGCUGAGCUCCAGGAGUCUCCAUGGGACAAGAGGAUUGGAACACGGUGUAUCUGUGUGGUUUGGGAUGUUGGUUUGUGAGAUGGGGAUUUUAGUUACGGUGUUUGUUUGCAUCAGACUGGAGGGAUUCACCAAGCACAUACACCCCACGUGUUGCCCCAGCACUGACGAUGCAGGAGUGGUGUCAUCACUCGGUGCUUCUAUCCCCAGCACUGAAAAUCCCUGCUACGUGCAGGAUCCUUCCCACUGCCCCUUGGGUUUGCAGCAUGACAGCAGCCUUGUGACAGAGAUGGGCUGUGGUGUCACACCGUCCUCCCCACGCUACAUUAAGCCUCUUAGGGGCUUCUCUCUGACUGUUGUCCAGAGGGGCAGGGGCUUUUCCCAGCCCCUUUCCGAUGCUGUAGGAUUUGUUUGGUUCAGGGGAGAGCGUGCAGCCAGAGCACGUGGGCCCUGCAAUGUCCCAUCAAGGGCAACUCCUCACUGUGCUGCUGCUUCCUCGCUCAUCUCUGCUUUAAAACUCCUUAAACUUCACCUUGAGGCGUCACCUCACCAAAUCCUGCCCAGCUGAGCACAGCCUCAGCCUGAUGACACACACUGUCCCUGCAGAACCUCACCCCAUCCUGCCGGGAUGAGCUCAGGCAAUGCACUGAAUGUCACCAAAAGUGGCUUCUGAGUGGUGUUUGCUAAUGAAGCUCAGUCUGGAAGUAUUAAUUAACAACAGGCCUUUGCUGUAGAAGAGGCCAGUUCUGCCAGCUUCGUAUGAAACACCUCUGGAUCCGUGUAAUCCUAUUUGCUGAAAUCUAACUAAUUGCCAUUAGUGGAAGGGCCUGGAGUUCAAUUAAAGUGUGCUGAGAUUA